AUGAAUUUAAUAAAUUAAGUUUAAAUGAAAUAGAUAAAAUAACAAAAAGCUUCCGUUAAUUAGAUUCAAACAAAUAAACUUCUUACUAAAUUUAAUUAGGCUCAUAUUAAAUAAUUUAACUAAUUGGAAAAGAUGCUUUUGGUACUGUUUAUUUAGUUAAGAAAGGAGAAAAAUUUAAAGAAGUCGAAAUAUAUAAGACUUUAAAGCAUCCCAGUAUUGUAAGUUUUUACGAAUCUUUUGUAGAAAUGUAAAGUUUAUGUAUUAUUAUGGAAUUUGUAGAAGGGUUUAAUUUGA